GCCAUUUCGCAUCGUCUUCUCAAGCUUCGUCCUCCUCCUUCGACGGAAGCAGAGAUGAUGCUUCUUCCCGACGUCCACGAGAGCGGCGCCUCCUCCACCAUCACCUCCUCGUCGUCGUCCUCCUCCUUGUCCUCCGUGACUACCUCCUGCUGCCCCAAUGCCACUCCGCCGCCGCCAUCCAGGGGCGCCAGAUCCAAUAAGCGGGAGGCCCCCGCUCCCGCAGUCGUCGGAGAAACCAACAAGCGGAGGAAGGACGGGAAGCACCCGGCGUACCGCGGCGUGCGGAUGAGGAACUGGGGCAAGUGGGUCUCCGAGAUCCGGGAGCCCCGCAAGAAGUCGCGGAUUUGGCUGGGGACGUUCCCCACCGCCGAGAUGGCGGCGCGCGCGCACGACGUCGCCGCCAUGACCAUCAAGGGCCGAUCCGCCCACCUCAACUUCCCCGAGCUCGCCGCCGCGCUCCCCCGCCCCGCCACCGCCUCCCCCAAGGACAUCCAGGCCGCAGCCGCCCUCGCCGCCGCCGCGCUCGCGCUGCCGCCUCUCUCAGAUUCGCCAGCGACCCCCUCGAGCCCGGACGCCGCCGCCGCCCCAGCCGACGACGAUGCGGUGUUCGACCUCCCGGAUCUGUUGUUCCUCGACCUGAGAGAAGAAGGCUUCCGCUGCUCGUCCUCGAUCGGGGCCGAUUUCCCCAUCGAAGAACCAUUCCUGUGGGAGUACUAUUAAAGCUCUCUCCCCUCGCUUUCCCGAAACCCAAAUUUCCCACGUCUCUGACGGCGCGCAGCAAAAAAGCAAUCGAUCAAAACAAAGGUCAAAUCUUUCGCUUUUCCCCUCAACAAACAACUGGAUUCAAUGCUCUCUCCUCGAUCUCCUCUGCUUCCAUCUCCAUUUUCCUCUUCUUCUUCUUCAAUUCCUCAAUAAGAGCUCGAAUCAUUAAGCUUUGGAAUCAAGAUCUUCCAUUGCUGAUGAAUUGUAAAACAUUUAUUUCCACUGUUUCCCUCAAUUC